AUGCUCCUCGCCAUAACCAUUGCAUUUCUAACUGUAAACAUUGCGAUAUUUGAUGUUCGCUUGAAGGGAGUUUCAUGCAAAAAUAGUACCGAUUUAAGGAACUCACUAUUCUCUACUACUCUCAAUAUGGCUCUCCAGUUUUCGAGACAUCUGAUCGGACGUCAAUCAGUGUUUAUUAGAUCAGCUCCUAGACUUUUGGUAAGAGCUUCGUCAGCAAGCUAUGGCUCGGUGCUGACAAAUCAGAGUAGUACUUUUUGUCAGAUGAGAGAGUUCCACACUUCUCCUAUUCGGGAGCGUAUUAAAGAAUUUUGGGAUAACCGUGCGUUGUAUAUGACUGGUUUAAAUGAUGCGGCACUGAAGUAUGGAUUGUUUGGAGUGACGAUUGGAACUCCUACGACCUGGGUUGUGUCGCUGCUCACGUGGGUAAAUUCGAUGGGUAUUCCGUGGUGGGGAGCCAUCGCCGGCGUUACUCUGGGGCUGCGUCUGGUUCUCCUCCCUCUCACCAUCAAAUCGACGCGCCAGCGUGCAAAACUCGCGGAAAUCCAACCCGAGCUGAACAAGCUGCUCGAGCGCGCGCGUUUAUCGCAAUCGAUGGGAAUGGCCGCGGACGCUCAGGGAAUGCGCGACGAAAUGCUUUCCUUGUACAAGAACGCCGGCGUCUCUCCCUUCUCUCCUCUUUUCGGAGCCUUUAUUCAAAUUCCGGUGGUAAUCUCGUGUUUCAUGGGGGUUCGCAAGCUCUGCGAAACGGUCCCCGCAGUGACGACGGGAGGCCUCAGCUGGUUCACGAACCUCGCCGCCGCGGACCCGUACUUCGUGCUGCCCGUGGUCACGGGCCUGUCGACGCUGUUUAUGACGGAGCUGGGCGCGGACGGAAUGAACGGGAACGGGCAAGUGGGGAUGAAAUACAUGAUGCGCGGCAUGUCGCUCUUCAUGGUGUUCAUCGCCGCGAAGCUCCCCGCGGGGCUGUGCUUCUACUGGACGGUGAACUCGAUCCUCGCGUGCUGCCAGACCCUGGCGAUCGACCCCGCGGCGCGCAAGCAGCUGCGAAGCUGGCUGCCCUCGGGGAGAGGCGACAAGGGCACGGUGCCCCCGCCUCCCUCCACGGGCAAGAAGGCGAAGGGAGUGAAUGCAGUGAAUGCAGUGAAUGGACCCACCGGAAUGAAUGCUAUGAAUGCUAUGAAUGCUAUGAAUGCAGUGAAUGGAACCACCGGAAUGAAUGGAACCACCGGAAUGAAGGGAGUGAAGGAAGAGAAGAACGGAGAGAAGGUGGAGGAAGUGGUGAGCGCGGUGCGCGCGAGCGUGCUGCAGGAGGAGGAGAAGCAGUAG